GGAAUCAAUCGGACUCAAUACCACAGUGCGAAGAAGUUCUGGUCCAUUGGCGCUCUUUCAGUUUCUGGAAUUUCUGCUGAAUGGUGCGGGAUUUCAUAUAAAAGUAUCACGGCCAGCAACCCGGAUAUUCAUUUAGGUUGGUUUUUGUUCAACCCGGAUUUUGCGACUUCAAUUUAGACAAAUAGUCAUUUUGUCAGUGUUUGUCAGUGUUUUCGAUACUAUUUCGUGCGCUGCCAACACUUAAGUACAAUCGGAGAUCACCUUUCUUACGCACAAACUACACCAUCAUGAUAAGGUCCGAAGCAAAACAAGGAGACGACGGGGGCCUUGGUGUCGAGUCGACCCUUAGCGGCAAGCCAACGAGCCAGCUGCAGUCUCCCGGGGCAUCUUCCGAUGUCGCGCCAUCGGAGAUUCUCACGGCGGAACAGAAAGAGGAAUUUGCCGGGCAUGACUUCUGCUUCGAUAACAUCGUGUUCGAGGGCGGAGGCAACAAGGGAUUGGCGGCAAUCGGGGCCAUUCGGGUCCUUGAGGAGCUUGGCAUAUGGGGAAACAUCAAACGUUUUGCUGGGGCUAGUGCCGGCUCAAUGAUUGCUUCACUGGCGUCUGUGGGAUAUAACUCGCAUGAUAUCGAGACAUUCCUGAGAGGAGAUAUUCAGAAAGUCUUCCUCGAUGCCAGAUUUGGCAAACUCAGCCUUCUUCCUAACAUGCUGACGAAAUACGGCAUGUAUCCGGGCGAGAAGAUCGCUGAUUGGUUCGGUGAGCGAGUCAAAGAGAAGAUGGGCAAUCCAGACCUCACUUUUAAGCAGUUGUACCAGCAAACGAAGAGGGAGCUUUGUAUUACCGUGACCAACCUAAACAAUAUGGACAGCACGUAUUGCCAUGUCAAAACCACUCCCGAUAUGCCUAUCAGACAAGCAGUUCGGAUGUCCGGCUGUAUUCCAGGUGUAUUUUGUCCCGUGAAAGUGGUAAACGGUGAUAAACACGACUACUACGUAGAUGGAGGAGUCCUCUGCAACUAUCCAAUACAUUGCUAUGACGGCUGGUUUUUGUCCAUGAAAAAUGAAGAUUCCUUUAUUCAACGUCUUGGCCUACACGUGGAUGAGCUUUCAAAACUGUGGGAUCCCAACAAACGCUUCUAUCCAAAGAACGAGAAAACAUUGGGGGUCCUACUUUAUGGCGGUGAUGCGAGGGAGAUUAUGAAAGACGAACUGGAGCACCGUUUUGAGGAGCAUAUCAAAUCGACUGAAAAGCUGGACGUCCCUUCAAACACCAAACUGGCCAAAAAGCGGAGAGCUAGAGAGUUGGCGCAGAAAACAGAGGAAAAGCAUACAGCGCUUUUGACAUCGUUUUCCAAGUUUCUCAAGGUGCUUAAUGAGAGUGAUAUCGACCACAGCAAGCCUAUCAGUCAGCAGGAAUUCGAGAUGGCCAUAAACAAGCCAAACUCGGAGUUUACAACUGAAGACAAGAAGCAGCUAUUUGGAGAUGACUUCAGUGACGCCAAGGCAUUUUUCAAACAGCUGGACACCAACGGAGAUGGCGAAUUAACUUUACGAGAGCUGAUGGCGUUCGGAGAAAGUAAAGGCUUGGAGAUUAUGGAACUUUUCCGGGGUUUCAGCCGGCAGAAAAUCACCGGUCUAUCGAGCUACUUCAGCACCAUUUUGGACAGCUUGCUGCUUAAUAUGAAGAGAGUCUUCGUUCAGGGCUCUGACGUGUAUCGUACGAUCGGCAUUAACACCGGUUACCUGGAUACUCUGGACUUCAAGAUGGAGGGCAAGGACCAUAAUUACAUGGUUCAGCAAGGGAAGCUUGGCUGCAUAGCUUUCCUCCGUGGACGCAUUGCUAAGCCAACGUGGGUGCGCAGGACAUGAACAGCACGGCAGAAAACCAUGGUGAAUUGGAAUGAGAGAUUAUUACAGUACAAGUUUGACUUUAGGGAGCUAUCUUAUGAAGCAAGGGCGAUGACACUUAUCAUUGAGUCUAUGAAACGCGGGUGAAUUUGAUCUUGUACAGGUGCUCCUUUAUAAAGACCCAAUCAAAACUUCAAUUUUACGGAAAAUAUCUUGGUUUUUAAGGACUCAAAAGUGUGAUUUCUUUUACAUUCAGGUACAGUUUACCAUGUAAUUCUUUUCAAAGUUAUAUAUUCUGCCUUAAUUCAACCCUAGAGUGUUCAAGUAAAAUAAUUCGUAUUACGGUCACGAUUUAUUGACAGUAAAAUGUGUUUUCUAAAGCACUUAGGGAUCAACAAUGUUGGGAUUCUUGGAUUUUUUUUCUUUCUUUAUAAUUUUUUAUACAUCUUGAAAUGUAAUAUUAAUUUCUCCUCUGAUGAAACUUGUCUUGUUUACGGACGUUUUACAAGAAAUAUUCAGAGUAAGAUAUAAAGGUAAAUUGAAUACUGUGUAUCGACUUAUUCGGGGCGUGUAGUACUGCCAGGUAGCAUUUCUGUACUGUUUUGAUAUACUAUUAACAUUUCAUAACGUUUCACUUUUUCUUUUAAAAAUAAUGAAGUUUAACAACUUUAGAAGUAUAUUGUUUAAACGUAUGAAUAAAAACUAUUCCAAGAGGCAGGAAUACCAUUUUAUGUAAUCUGUAUACAGUGGCUUUUAACAAAACGUUAUUUUACCAACUAGAAACUAGAUGACAAUAUUUUUUUCUACAGAAUGUGUUAAGUCUUUCGUUGGCUUAAGCUGUGUUUACAUUGGACUUUCACCUCUGAUGAAACUUGUCUCGUUUACAGACGUUUUACAAGAAAUAUUCACAGUAAGAUAUAAAGUUAAAUUGAAUACUGUGUACCGAGCUUAUUCGGGGGCGGGUAGUUGGAUUUCUGGUAUUAAUCAUAUUAAAAUUAUAUCAAUAUAAUUAUGCUUUUGAGGGUUUCUUUUAAAUUACACGAAUAAUAUUACCAAAUUUGGUGUUUUCCUCUUUGCAGACGUCUUUUAUAUGUUAACACCUUAAAGUUGUUAUUUUUGUUUUACAAUCACUUAGGAAGAUGUUUACCAUCCAAAUCCCUAUAGCGAACCAUUUGUGUCCGUAAACUGGGCAGGAUAAAGGGCGGAGUAUUUUCUAAUUACGUUUUGGUUGUUUUGUAUAAAUUUACUUGUAUGGUAACAGAUGUCAUUUUACUUGAUGGGUUUAUUUUCUAGUUCUCUUGUCGUAGUUUCAAAAACCAGGCAUGAUGGUUUUCUUAUUUUAAUAGGAGUUGCUUUUGUUCUCCUUUUAUUUCCUAUUAUUUCGUCAACAUUCAGCAUUCUGUUAUGUAGACCUUACACUUUUGCUGGUCAGCGGGACGAUUUUUCCUAUAUCAUGCCUGACAAUCAAUCUUAGCCCAAACGAACAACAGAAUCACGACACAUACUGUGUAUGAAAAGCACAGCAUUUUAAAUCCUGUGAAAUCUCCGCUUUUAAUAUCAUACCAUUGAAUUUUUGAUGAAGUAUUCAAGUAGUACUGCCAGGUAGCAUUUCUGUACUGUUUUGAUACUAUUCUAAUACCAACAUUUCAUAACGUUUCACUUUUUCUUUUAAAAAUAGUGAAGUUUAACAACUUUAGAAGUAUAUUGUUUAAACGUAUGAAUAAAAACUAUUCCAAGAGGCAGGAAUACCAUUUUAUGUAAUCUGUAUAGAGUGGCUUUUCACAAAACGUUAUUUUACCAACUAGAAACUAGAAGACAAUAUUUUUUUCUACAGAAUGUGUUAACUUUUCGUUGGCUUAAGCUGUGUUUACAUUGGACAUUUCAGGGGCGGAUCCAGGAAUUUUUGAGGUUUUUUUCGUAAUUAAGGCACAGGGGUAUAUUAAUAUGCCAGUAUAAUUGUUUUUGGGUGUCAGAGCAGGGGGUGUAGCAUUAAUUUUAAGAACUUCUAUGGACAAUUUUUUGACAGAACUUGGGGGGGUUGACCUCCAAACACCCCCCCCCCCCCUGGAUCCGCGCCUGAAUUUUUUGUAAACUUCGGAGACUAAUGUCAACCUAACAUUAAGUCCAUUGCAUGCAGCAGCUGGUAAACCUCCCAAAAAUGUCAACUGUCAACCGUUGAUUGUAAGUUUUACGCUUUUUGGCGGUAAUUAAGUUUCACAUGGCCAACUGGAAGAAUUACAUUGUUAUAGUACGGCAGAUAGGUGAUGGGAUUGUGCCUUUGUAAUGUGCCUUUGUAAGCAAUGUGGUGCUGCCCUCGCUUGGCUAUGUAUUUUGACAUGUAGCUAUUGUUGUUUGGAAUUCAGCAGUUGCUGCCCUGCCUCGAGUCAAGCAUGUUGUAGGCCCCCCCCCCUACUUUUUGUUGGGUUAAAAUUUCGCUUUUGUUUAUGGUGAGUUGCCUCGUCUUUAAAUUUUCCUCUUUAUUUCCAUGAACUAAGGAGUUGCAAUAGUGUAUUUUGUAGACAGUUUUGAGGUAUAUUUUUGAAGAUUUUGUUGUAUUUUGGACGGAUAUUCUUUUGGGCUGUGUGGUAGGGCCUGGGUGUGUCGGCGUGACAUGGUGGCCAUUUUAGCCCAGUCUUAUUUUUUUGAAUCUUGACUAAGUUUGGGUCAAAAGGCAGUUCUGAAGUAGCUUAAGGAUGUUUUGCAACUCCUUGACAUGGGAUUUAGGGGGAUUGAAAAUGGAUGGCUGAUAUUUUCACAGGUUUUGCUGGCGAGAACUAGUCCGGUUAAUUUUUGACAAUUAUAUUGUGAGUGCAUGUACAUGUCAUUGCAUGUACAUCACGGUACAUGAACAUAGCCUACCUGGCUAUUAAUUUUAAGAGUUUUUCCUAAAUAUUUCUUUUUUGGCUAUUGUGGAAUUUGUCAUUUUGUUUGUGCAUUCCGCAUAAGCCAACAUUUUUGGUUUAUGCAAAUUUGGGCGUGGCUUGGAAUUUCGCUCAGAUCUUUUGUUAAAUGGGGAUUAAUCCCAUUCUAAUUGGUUCUUGCCAGCAGCUGGGUGUUGACAUGUGUAGACGAGUCAAAUGUUGCAUUAUUUUGUUUCUGUAACUAGUAUUUUCUGGUCUGGGUGGUCGCACACCUUCAUUAAGUGUGUAAGUUUCUCUAAAAAUUAAGAAACAAGGAGUUUCACUCUUUUAAUUUGGGAUCUCAUAUAAUUUAACUGAUUGAAACACAUUAUUUUUUUAUUAUGAAAGCGAGUUGCUAAACUGAAGAAAUGAAUUUAUUUUUGUGACCCAAUGCGUAUUUAGAAACUAAUUAAUACAAAAUAAUAAAAAGGGAGCUUC